CUCUUGACUUUCUACAUUUCACUCUGUUUUAGCGGAAAACCGAGCAUCCUCUGUUUCAGUUCUUCAGUUUCAUCCAUCAAUGGCAUUCUGCAUUUGAAUUUGACCGCCGUGUGCUCAAAUGGGUUGCUGCAUAAGCACUGGGGGAGCUGCUUCUGAUGGAAAAGCUCAGCAAUUUCCGUCCGUAGGUGAAUCUUUUUACCAAAAACCCGCUCUCGAGAACAGAGCGCCGCCACCGUCGUUUGAAGAAGAAACUGUGAAAGAAGUUCUCUCGGAAGUCCCGAAGCCGAAACCGCCGCUCACCGUUCCUGGAGAAGAGGAAAACAAAAGGCCUCAGGAACAGAAACCCGUUGUCGAGAAGAUCCCAGAAGAAGAAUGCAUUAGCUUCAACAGGAUGGUCCUGAAGUCGCCGACGAGCACUAACCGGAGUGCCGCCAUUGAAGAUUCGGUGUCCGAGGAUGUGUCAGAGAUUUGCAGCUUGAGUGAGAGCAUAUCAACGACUACAAUCACUGACAGAAGGGACGAAGAAGAGGAAGUGAGACAAAGGGUGUACAGAUCUCCAGGAAGAUUAGCGCCCAGAACUCGCAAUUCAGCUCCCAGGCGAGACCGGGUCGUGGGCAGGUCCCCAACCAAGAGACCCAACCAAUCGCCUGGGAGAAGAAACGGUGUCAUCACCGGCGGUUCAGUGAGAAUGGUCCAAAGCAGGGAGCCAGGUCAAGCCACAGCAAGGCGCGGGUCAAGACCUUCCCCAACAAGAAGGGAUCCAAGUGAGAGUUCCGAGAGAAGGUCAAGGUCGCCGGCGGUAAACAGAUCCGCAGUGGGUCGUAGCCCGUCAGCCAAACGCGCAAUCCGGUCUCCCGGUCGAGUCAGGACUGAACCGGUGAAGAUUGGUAAUAGCCAAAAAGUGGAGGAGAAUAGCAAUUUGGAGGGGAAAUGGCCAAGUAGUCAUGAUAAUUCCACUCCAAAUAGCACUGCAAAUGAAUCCCUUGAAAACCCACUUGUAUCUCUUGAAUGCUUCAUUUUUCUUUAGGGAGAAAAAAAAAAAAAAAAACUGUUUUACAGUUUCUGUAAAACAGCCAACUCCAAAAAAAUAAAAAUGCAAUUAGCUUUAGUUUUUAUUUUUAUUUUAUUUUAUUUUAUUUUUUCUGGCUAUUCAAGUAGCUUUAGCUUAAUUAUGAACCUUUUUCUAUGUUUAUUUGAAUAUAUGAAUUUCAAGGUCAGGAUGGGGGUUUUGGGAAGAUUUUCUGGUAAUUUUGGAUACUUGGAUGAGCAAUGCAAUGCCAUGAAUUUUAACCCGU